UCUUAAAUAGAUAACUGGAUUUUAUUGUUCCCCAGAAAAGAAACAGAGUUCAAAACACUGUUUGGGAGAGCCUGUUGUCACCACUGCAACCAUGACUGCUCUGCCCUCAAACUGAAAAGUUCUCCCCUUAUGAAGGCUUAGCCCCUCCCACAGGCCAAUUAACCAAACAUUUCUUCAACAGAAAAUUCAGCCUUAUACCUGGAGAAAACAUAACCUAAAAUGAAGAAAUAAUUAAUCAUGGCUUUAACAGAAACAAGUAUGAAAUCAGAAGCAUUAUGACAGAGAAAAAGGAAAAAAAAACUUACAAUUCUGACAGGUGACAUCACUUCCUGUUUCCUAUAUGCAUGAUGAUGUGUACAAUGCUCUGGUUGGAAUGUUUGUGGUGGGAAGCCUGGAUGCUCAAAUAGAAGUAAUCCCGUGUAAAAUCUGUGGGGACAAGUCUUCAGGGAUUCACUAUGGUGUCAUCACCUGUGAGGGCUGUAAGGGCUUCUUUCGGCGCAGUCAGCAGAACAACGCCAUGUACUCCUGCUCCCGGCAAAGGAACUGCCUCAUUGACCGGACCAACCGGAACCGAUGCCAGCACUGCAGGCUGCAGAAGUGUCUGGCUCUGGGCAUGAGUCGCGAUGCUGUGAAGUUUGGCCGCAUGUCCAAAAAGCAGCGAGACAGUCUGUAUGCUGAGGUCCAGAAACACCGGCAGUCCCAGGAGUGUGCCGGGGCCGGCGCACGCGAGGAGAACGCCGAUAUGCCGGACUACGGCCGCAGCUGCAGAAGAGGCUCCAGCACCACGCUCAGCGACCUGGAUGACAUCACCAAGCUGCCAGAUGGCCUCCUUUUUGACCUGCCCCUGACCCCGGGGGAACCAGGAGGAGAAUACUGCAACCUGGACAUGCUGGACGGGAGCGCCGGCAGCAGCUCUUCCUCCCAAAGCUCACCAGAGCAGACCAACUUGGACUUUGUCGAUGGAAACCAAAGCAUCAAACACGAGUACCAGCUGCUGCACGAUUCUGGACUCUUCUCACACGCGAUCCUCAAUCCGGUACCAGACGGAUGCUCCCUGCUGGAGAUCGAACGCAUAACACAGAACGUGGUGAAGUCCCACAUUGAAACGAGUCAGUUUAGCACGGAGGAGCUGAGGAGAUUGGCCUGGACCUUCUACAACCCCGAGGAGACGCGCUCGUACAUCGGCAGGUCCGCUGAGAUGAUGUGGCAGAAAUGUGCCGUUCAGAUCACCAACGCGAUCCAGUACAUCGUGGAGUUUGCCAAGCGCAUAUCUGGAUUUAUGGAUCUUUGUCAGAACGAUCAGAUUAUCCUCCUGAAAGCAGGCUGCAUGGACGUCCUCCUGAUCCGGAUGUGUCGGGCCUACAACCCCAUCAACAACACCUUGUUCUUCGACGGGAAGUUUGCCAGCGCGCAGCUGUUCAAAGCUCUGGGCUGCGACGACCUGGUGAGCGCCAUCUUCGAGCUGGCGAAGAGUCUGAGCCGCAUUCAGAUGACGGAGGAGGAGAUGGCUCUGUUCAGCGCGGCGGUGCUCCUCUCACCCGACCGGCCGUGGUUGACUGACGUCCCGAAGGUUCAGAAGCUGCAGGAGAAGGUCUACGUGGCUCUUCAGCGCUGCCUGCAGAACAAAGGCGCGUCUGAGGAGAAGCUGGCAAAGAUGGUCUCCAAGCUGCCCCUGAUGAGGUCCAUUUGCAACCUCCACAUUGACAAACUGGAGUUUUUCCGCCUGGUCCACCCUGACACCGCCUACAGCUUCCCCCCCCUGUACAGGGAGGUUUUCGGCAGCGAGAUCGCCUUUCCAGACUCCACGGAGGGCUAGCGCGGCUCUCGGCUGUGAUUGGAGUGGCAACUUUUAAAAGGCGUAUUUAGAUGAAGCAAAAAGGUGGCAGAAACAACCUGCAGCCUGGUGACAAUCCCUGCAAGCCCCCGUGGCCCCGCCCCCUUUGAGCAGCUUCACGACUGCCCUGAGAUCCACCCACCUUCAGCGGCUGCUUUAAGAAGGUAAAAAAAGCCCAAAUAAAUUGAAUUGAAAGGAUUGUUCUGGAGACGCCUCAGGAGAGUUGAACUGUUGAAUGUAACCCAGCGCAGCCGAAGGUUCGACGCCGAAUGUCCGCCUGAAACCCUCAGCGCGCUCCGUGGAGGUUCACAGUCACGUCGCCUGCUCUGGUGGUUAGCUUAGCUCCGUCCGUGUGGUAGCAGCCGUAGUUUUCCGUUUUGUGACGUGUGAACAAACAGCUUAAAGGGACCAUGAUCAAGCAGGUGAGCUGAGGAGGUGUCAGACGCCAGAGAACGUCGGGUCGCUCCGCCACCGAACCCAAGUACUGAUGUAACUCCUGUCUCUUUGUUUUUCUUAUGCAAUCGAUGACCUCAGUCCAACUCCCUUUUCCCUUUCUGAAGACACUUAGCGCAACAGCAGUACAGAGAUAUUCAAAGCGUAUUUUUAGAUUUUUAUAUAUAUAUAUAUAUUUAUAUAUAAAAGCCUCCGUUUGAUUUCUUAAAACAAGAGAACUUUAUUCUUGUGAGAAAUGAAGGGUUCUGUUCUGUUCUUCUGGUCCAAAAUUUGGGCUUCAGGGACAAAAAUGAUUGUAACUGAAAAACAAGUUUUCAUUUUCCAUGUUUCAUAAGAGACGCCCCCCACCCCCAUUUGAAAGCAGCAGAACUUGGAGCUGUGAAACCAAACGCUCUUCUGACUCACGGCUGCCACCGAGCGAGGAAGACGAGGGUUUGGCGUGAGCGGGUAGAACAUGUGUUUGCUGACCCCCCACCCCUCCCUGACUACCUCACUGUUUCUGAACACUACAUGGAGCAACACAAAGGUGACAGAGAGUCAGCUACCCCCCUGAGUUCAGGCUCGGCAAACAGAACGAUCGGAGCUGAAAGCUCAAAGGCCAGUGAUGACCACUCUAAUAUAUACUGGGGGGGGGGGCGCUUUUGGAUCUCACCAAUCAGUCCAGAUCUGAUCAGAUAAAGAAAAGUGCUCCAAUUCAUGACUUUAUUUAUAUAUUAAUUAUUUGACUUGUAUUUAAAGGAGGAGCUUCGCUCUCCUCGCCGGUCGACAGCUGAAUGUGGGCGGAGUUAGUCAGCUCUGCUGGAACGGUGCUGUUCACUCCCCCUGGAGCCGCCCUGCCGUCGACUGCGGAUAGUGGCAUUGAGGGAUUGUGCAAUAAUUUUUUUCCCGCCGUUCUCGGUACGUUUUACCGCGGCACUAAAACCAGACGGUACCAAAAAUCCCGUCAGAAACGGCGCUUUCGAACUUUGAGCGCCACUUUGAUCGGCACUUAGAGAGGCGCUCGGGGAGAUAGCUGGGCUCUCUGUCAGCACAACACUGAAGGCUUUGAUCACUGUGUACAGUUGAUGUUGUGGUGAAUGUUUUUGGACGUGUUUCCUCCUGCCGCUCGCGCCGCAGGAUCCUCUCUGAGUUUGAAUCAUAGCUUCAGUAGGAUCUGAAACGAUCAAUAUAAACGAUGAAAUGUAAUCUUUGAAUUUUGUGUUGGUGUGAUCCAUCGUUUCUAAACUCUCACCUUGUUUUUGUUUCUCGUCCGUCUAGUGUCCUUUUUGUCCUGCAGAGAUGUAACUAUUUUUAUUUUUUAAAAAUGUCUCACUAAAAGCUUCUGUCUCGUCAUGAUCCUUCUCUCGGUCGGUGAUCUUUCUACUCUAUUUUAAGACUAUGAAAUCAAGGUAGAUUUUAACAUGAGAUAAUUUAUGACACGGUUGUGAAGAUCAAGAGGUUUUAACACAGUGAAGUGUUAUUAUUGCACAAUGGUGAUACUGUCUGUGGUUGAAGAAUGUAAUAAAAGUCUUUUUACAGUU